AUGAGACCGUCCAGCGUCUUUCAAGGAUGGAAACAAUGGGCCUCCAAGCUCCAUCCACAGCUCCCGUUAACAAAUCAGGAAUCAACCAGACUCCUCAAUGCUCUGACCGGCGCAUUCAGACAAAAGCUCGACGAGGCCCACCCGAGCAGAAUACAGGACGAUGAAAAGCAGGCCACGUCAUCCAGAUCAGCUAGCGUCUUCCACUCUUCAGCAGCGCAUGCCGACAAGCACUUGGAAUCUAUUCUUAUUAACCCGCUGCUCAGCGGCCGCGACAUUGUCGGAGAUGCAAAGGUAGAGCUCUCCAAGAAUCCUCAUAAAGACCCAAUCGAGCUGCUUGAGAAUUACCAUGAGCAAGGCGCGGCUUCGGUGGCGAUAGCAGAGCUUUGUUUGAACCAUUACAAACAGUCUCUCGAGCGUCUUCCGCAGGACGAACAACAGGUCUCAAUUCAACAAACGCAACCUGGGAAGAGAGUCUUCGAGUGGCUCGUGGAGAGCAACCUUUACGAUUCGAAGAGCUGGGUGGACAACAUCGCCUUCAUCAAUGACUUGGUUUCCUUUCUGGUUAAAGAAGGCCGCGAAGAAACCAUCUGGUCGUGGGUGAAGCUCGACAUUGGCACCACCGACGGCCUACGUUCGCCUGGCCCAAUCUCAAAGACGAAAUACACCCGCAAAAUCCAAUUGUACAAGUAUCGAUGGAGGGGUCGUUUGCUGCGUUCCCUCGUCUCAGAAAAGUUGGGCUACGGCAACACUGUCGGGGUCGGCCCCGGUCCCAACGAAUGGAAGGCGGCCCUUGAUACAAUAUUCAAGAUCUGCGACUUGAAGCUAUCGACAGAACCUUCAGAUCAUCUCUACUGGAUACCGAUGGCACCGAUCGCUACGUUGCUGAGCAGGACGCUGAACUGGGAAAUCRACCAGACCAGACGUGACUUUGACGUUGCGCRAUUCGAAAAGCUUUACGAGUUGAUUCCAGUAAUCCACGAUGGCGCACCGCCGUUCUUGAUCAAGGUGAUGCGGGCUAAGCUAAAAUUGGUUCAUCCCCUUGGGCGACAACCAGCCGAAGCUCUGCACUGCUUCCAGCGCCUUUUCUCGGAUAGUCCUUCGGACGAUGAGAAUUUGUAUCUCAUUAGCCUCAGAGGUGAACGCCUCGCGGCAAUAGGGACUUGGUGGCGCUUUGCGACCGCCACAAUCUUCGCAUUGCGAAUGCAGGGCAAACUGGAAGAUGCCGAGUGGCUACAGGCCAAAUGCAUCAAAGAAUUCCCCCAACAAGCACGAUAUUUGGAAGUCAAAAUGCAAGAGUCUCGACAGCGUGAAAUGGGACGAGGAGCUCAAUUGGACGAACGCGAUGCAGAUGUUAAAGACCAAGCUCGCACUCCCUUUCCGGAGUUUGCAUGA